AUGGAGUCUCCAGCGUUGCUUAGGAUUCUGCUGAAUUUAGGCAAGUGGCGUCUCAGACGGCGUGGACUCACCCAGUCCCGGACACUUGCUGCUCUUGUGCCCGGCGUGACCCAGGUAGAUAACAAAUCUGAUUUUCUGGGGAAGAAACCUCAUCGCCAGCACCCUGGCAUUCUGCACCUACCGCACGUGCGACUGCCCCAGGCACUGGCUAAUACAGCGCAGUUUCUGCUGCAGGAGAAUUCAGUGCCCUAUGUGGAGAAGCAGGUGCAAGCACUGACCAAUUACCUGUGGAGCCGACACUUACCUGUAGAACCAGAGGAUUUGCAAAGACGAGCUGUGCAUCUUGAGGAAAAAAUUCUGGAAAACGCAGAUUCAACGCAGACAGAGGAGAAACUUCGUGGAACAGUGCUGAGUAUCUUGCGCAGAGUUACUUACCACUGGCAAGAACUGAGCUACAAUGAGGGCCUGAGUUUGCUGUAUAUGGCAGCAAGACUGGAUGGUGGCUUUGCAGCAGUCUCCAGAGCAUUCCAUGAGAUCCGGGCUCGCAUUCCAGAGUUUCAGCCACAAACCUUGUUGGACUUUGGCUCGGGUACUGGCUCUGUCACCUGGGCUGCUCAUAAUACUUGGGGCCAGAGUCUGCGUGAAUAUGUGUGUGUGGACAGCUCAGCUGCCAUGUUGAAUUUGGCAGAAAAGCUACUGAAAGGUGGUUCUGAAUCUGGGGAGCUUUAUGUUCCAGGUGUCUUUUUCAGACAAUUUCUGCCUGUCUCCCCCAAGGUACAGUUUGAUCUGGUGGUGUCAGCCUUUUCACUAAGUGAGCUCCCCAGCAAGGCUGACCGCAGUGAAGUGAUUCAAACUUUGUGGCGCAAGACAAGUAAUUUUCUGAUACUGAUUGAGAAUGGAACAAAAGCUGGACACCGCCUUCUAAUGGAUGCAAGAGACUUGGUCCUUAAGGGAAAAGAGAAAUCACCUCUGGACCCCCGGCCGGGGUUUGUCUUUGCACCAUGUCCCCAUGAACUUCCUUGUCCCCAGUUGUCAGGCUCCAAGCUCCUGGCCUGCAGCUUCUCCCAAGCUUACCAUCCCAUCCCCUUCAGCUGGAACAAGAAGCCAAAAGAAGAAAAGUUCUCUAUGGUGAUCCUUGCCCGGGGCUUUCCUGAGGAGGCUCAUCGCUGGCCCCGGAUCACUCAGCCUGUCCUUAAACGGCCACGUCAUGUGCAUUGUCACCUGUGCUGUCCAGAUGGGCACAUGCAACAUGCUGUCGUCACCGCCAGCCGGCAUGGCAGGGAUUUAUAUCGCUGUGCCCGAGUCAGCUCCUGGGGAGAUCUUCUGCCAGUAGUCACUCCCUCGGAACUUCCUCCAUCCUCUGCUCAGAAUCCUUCUGAUGGCUGA